GUCCUUGGGUAUAGUCAGUGUCUGUGAUUUGGUCAGGAAUUGAUCAUUUGAUUUAGUUAUGGCUCCAAAGAAGGCUGCGGCAGCUAGCAAGGACAAGGAAGAAGUUCCCGCUGCUACUGAAACCAAGGCCCCAAAGCCAACCCAGAUGAAGACUAUGGGUCACCCUACUACAUUGGCCAUGGUGGUGGAGGCCCUGAAGAAGGACUCUGAGAGGAAGGGGACCUCUGUGCCGGCCAUACGCGCUAGGAUUCUGGCUGCCCAUCCUACUGUGGAUGUUGUGAGGCUUAAGGGUCUUCUUAAGGCUGCUCUGAACAAGGGGAUAGAGAAGGGAAUUCUUGUCCGACCACCAAACUCCAGUGCUACUGGAGCCACUGGGCGCUUUAAGCUGGCAAAACCUCUACCAAAGGCCAAGGAGGGUGGCAAAAGUACAGAAUCUGAGAAUGUGGACCCCAAUGAUCAGCCAAAGGAGAAGCCCAAGAAAGAGGCUGUGAAGAAAGUGAAGCCUACAGCGUCGAAAGGCGAGAAAGUAGAAGCGGCCACCAAGAAGGAAAAACCUGCUGAGGUGAAGCCCAAGGCCUCUAAACCCAAGAAAGAUGCUGAGGCACCGUCAAAGGGCCCAGCAGCAGCCAAAAAGCCCAAAGCCAAGAAGGUAGAUGGGGAGCCCAAAGCCAAGAAGGUAGAUGGGGAGCCCAAAGCCAAGAAGGCAGAUGGGGAGCCCAAAUCCAAGAAAGAACCAGCUAAGAAAGAAAAAGCGGAGGCAGCUGAGGGGCCAACAAAAUCCUUAAAGGACUCUGAAGAAAAUGGCGCUGCCAAAGCCAGCAAGAAAGCGAAGAAGUGACUUGAUAUGGCAACAGAUUAAGUAUUUUAAUUUAUUUGGAAUAAAGUUAACUUUUAUCAUGUGGCUUUUUUUUUUCUUCUGGAAAAAAAUGAAUGUGUUGGGUCCCAUCAGAUGCUUUUGGCUGAGCUACUAGAAGUUUGUGGAAUGCAAAUAUAUGUAAUUAUAAAAUGGAUUUUUAAUGUGAAUAAAGUAUUUAAUACUAAAAUGUA